UGGGACGGCUGCUGGAAAGCGGCGCACACAACACUACACCGGCUUGUUUCCAGCUGAAAUUGAACCACCUCUGCGUAGUUUCUUUUGAAAACGUACCAUUUGCUCUCAACUACCGAAUAUAUAGACCACCGUCUACUGGGUGUAUUCUCCGGCUUUUGAACUAGUCACUGAACUCACACGUUAACGAGCCGGUUAUACUUGACUACGGAUGAGUUAGCGUGCUAGCAUGUUAGCAUAGCUUGCGGUAUGUCAAGUGAAGUGCAUGUGGAAUGAUGACACCCAAGUCACGACCACAAGCUAGUAUUUGUUUUGUGUUCAGCUGACAAUUCGGUUUAAAUCCAAGUUUUCGCCGUUAAUGCACUACGUUGCAUUGCCUGUUGACGUUUACCUUGACAGGGAGCUAAUGACAGUGACUUUUCAAAUAGGUAGCACACCACUCGACUUUUCGGCAACUUAACUGGUCAAAAACGUUGUACCAUCUCCAAAGCAGGCGACAGACUGACAUCGAUAAAGAGCAAAGCUUGAAUUUGGAUCGUGGUACCAGAAAUGCUACCGCCGUGUCCAUGUUUGCGUCUGGGUAGCAUUCAUGCUAGUUCUCUGACUGCCACAGUAUGAUGUUCAUACCCAAAGUCGGUCCCUAAUUCAAAAGUAAAAGAGACCCAUGGUCUUCAGUUAGGUGUCAGUCUGGCCACAUCUGCUUUCAAAACGGCGAGGGAGACAGGGGAGAGCAUUCUGCCGACUGAGGCUGCAUCUCCCCCUUCCAAAAUGGAGCUGGCUUUGGCUCACCCAGCCCUGAAGGCCUUCAUGUGUGGCUCCCUGAGUGGCACCUGCUCCACGCUGCUCUUCCAGCCCCUGGACCUUCUCAAGACACGCCUGCAGACCCUCCAGAACAACAUGCGGCCCGGGGCUCCUCGGGUUGGCAUGGUGACCGUGUUCCUCAAUGUCGUCCGCACCGAGAAGCUGCUGGGACUAUGGAAAGGAGUGUCGCCGUCGUUCAUGCGCUGCAUCCCCGGCGUGGGCAUCUACUUCAGCACCUUCUACUCGCUGAAGCAGCACUUCUUCCAGGAGGGGGCGGCGCCCAACGCUGGGCAGGCGGUGCUGCUGGGGGCUGGGGCACGCUGCGUGGCCGGAGUGGCCAUGCUACCCAUCACCGUCAUCAAGACACGCUUCGAGAGUGGCCGCUAUAACUACGUGAGCGUGUUCGGGGCCCUGCGCAACGUGUGUGAGACGGAGGGCCCCCGGGCCCUGUUCUCCGGCCUCACCGCCACCCUCCUCAGAGACGCCCCCUUCUCGGGCAUCUACGUCAUGUUCUACAGCCAGGCCAAGCGACACCUGCCACAAGAGGUGUCCUCCUCCGCCUUCUCUCCCUUGGUGAACUUCGGCUGUGGCGUGCUGGCAGGGGUGUUGGCCUCUCUGGCCACGCAGCCGGCGGAUGUGGUGAAGACGCACGUGCAGGUCAGCCCGGCCCUGUACCCCCGCACCACAGACGCCAUGCGCUUCAUCUACACGGAGCAUGGCUUGAGGGGCUUCUUCCGGGGCGCCGUGCCCCGUUCCCUGAGGCGCACGCUAAUGGCAGCCAUGGCCUGGACCGUGUACGAGCAGCUCAUGGCACGGAUGGGGCUCAAAUCCUGAACACAACCAACCAACACAACAGAGAAAGGAUGUCUGCGCUUCAGCCCUUGUGGUGCUCACAGUCCAGGACAGCAGAAUGAAGACAAACUGGGCUCCUUUUGACUCUGAGGAAGACACAGGUGCGUCGAAACGUCAGUCACUUUGUGCACCACGAAAUAAAAAAACUCUAAAAGUAUACUGAGUGCUCCGGUCAUCCCUGGGUCUAGUCACUGAGAAGUAGCCCAGUUUGUCUUCACAACCACACAACAAUAAACUGGACUGUCUUGGACUGGAGAGUGGAUGUUGACUGGAGUCAGGACAAGGACUGGAGAGUUGACUUGGGGCCUGAGACUGGACUUGAGUGAAGCCUGGACUUGGGAGGCAUACUGAGGUUUUUUUUCCCAUCUUUUUGCACAGAACUGAAUUGUGUAAAAUACAUUACACAGGUGGGAAAAGUCGAAGAAUAUUUAUUAUACUUUGAUCUGAAAGUGCGUAAGAAAAACAGAUUAUAUAUAUUUUUUUUCUCACUCUGGAAGGACACUUGGGCAUAGUCAGUCUGUUGACUUUGAAAAGGAGUGCUGAACUGGUCAGAAAGAGUUGGUGUUGAACUCUUUGUCAACGUGUGUGUGUGCGUGUACGUGUGCCAGUGUGAGUGCAUAUGUUGUCUGUGUGUGUGUGUAUAUAGUAUUUGUGUGUUGGAGAAAACCCCAGCUUCAUCUAAAACCCAUGGUGCCACCUGUUCAGUCUAACUAUGGUGAUUGUGGCGUGCAGUGCAGUGCAGUGCAGUGCAGACUAUUUCGUAACACUCCCCGACCCGCGUUGCCAGAUGUUUCUGGAAAUCUGUGUGCCAACCAUCCAACCUGUCAUCCACCAGGUGGUCCCUGUAACCAACCUUAAAGGAGGCACUUCUUCCUUUUCCAUGUUGACCCAACCCAGCAGAGGAUAAAGAUGAACCUGCUGAACCAGAAGAGGAGCUAUAGGGAGGGCAAGCAGAGCAUUUACCCCUGGACCCGCAUUGGUAGUGGUGACCCUAUUAUGACGUUUUGGAGGCCGUAUGGGGGAGCCCUAUCAGUGUUUUGCUCUGGGGCCCUGUGUGCAAUCGUUCCGCCACUGAACAACCGGCCUGAACAACAUCGAUAUGCUCAGACAAUCACCAAUCAAAGGAGUAUUUGCAGUGUUUUUGUCGUCCUCAUAAUCCAGCCAGCCAGGCAGGCAUUUGGCUGAUGCGACUGGAUUCUCUGCUAACCAGUGAGGACAAUAGGAAUCCUUUAAGACUGGAAUGUCUGCUGUGCUAUAGCCAGUGAGGACUGUAGGAAUCCUUUGCUGGUAUUAGGUGGAUUGAGCUACAAGCAUGCAACAUACUGGAGAGCUGUCGGUAUGUGAAAUCCAGAGGAGGCCACUUGUACUGUUUGGAUUGACAAUGAUGUGGUGACUCUUCAGAAUAUUCUUCACAUUUUAGCUGCUGUACUAAUACAUUCGUAACUACUAUCUGUAUAAGUGACUUUUAUGACGUCUUAAGCAAAAUCAAGGGCCUAUUUGGUCGUUAUUAUGAUCAUAUCAAUAAUAAAGGUCUUAUUGGCAAUGAGCAAAAGAUAUUUGCAAAAUACACAUUUCACAAAUUAUUGAUUUUGAACAUGUCUUCCAAAGUCUCUUAUAUAGACAGUUAAGCUUGUAUUAGUAGCUAACACCCUAAAAUAAAAUGUUACCCUUUUUAUAGGUGGCCGCUUAUGCCCCUUGGGUUGAAGAUGCCUUUUUAUGUGCAUUCCAAUAUGCAGACUUCCGUCCUCCGCUUGUGCUUGUGGCCUCGCCUGUUGCUGACGACCCGCCUCUGUGGAGAAAACAAUAAUGUUUCCCCACUCUCAGCCUAGCUACACUUUUUGGGGGACUAUUCUCCAUUCACCAUCCCAAUUGCAAAUGAGGAAUUGACAAUAGAAUUGUGGUUUUGUAAGAUAUUGAAUUAAUUUUCUGUCUAAAGGACCAGUCCUCCAGUCCAGCGCCAUCGACACUGUAUUGAGGCUUUCGAGAGGGAGGUUUACUAACGAUCCAUGCUAACUCUGCUAGUUAGCCUCCGUUACAGUGACGAGCAGGCAAGUGAGCAAGGAAGGACGGAAGUUUGCAUAUUGGAAUGCACACACUAUGUGUUUGGCUUUCUUCGCUUGUUUGUGUUACCCAUGUGCCAUUGCCGGUGUCUGCCUUUUAUUGUGAUCAUUUGAGAUGUUUGUGAACUACUGUCCUGGCAGCAUGUGUUCUGCCCUAAAAAGGGAAAGUGCAGUAUCUACGCCAGCGUUGACACUGAGAAAAAAAUGCCUUCUAAGUACUGGUAUUAUGUUGGAUAUCGUAGUUACUGCAACUUUGAUAUACCAACAUCUCUAAAACGGGACACAUUUGGACCAUUAGGCUUUGUCACAAGGUUAAAGAGGCAUUAUAAAAACCAUUUUCAGUGUAAACUCAAUAUUGACAAAAUAUGUCGUUACUCCACUUUGCCUUUGUAUGGCAGAAUUGUACUUGCCUGUACUAGGGUCAAUGACAGUUUUUUUUGUAGCAGACGUAAGAGUGGUACAACCGCAAAUGCCACUAUGGUAUGAAUUAAAUUUAUUUAUUUUAUUUUUUGUUGUUUUUGCUGAAUUCUAUUAAAAACAUAUUCAUUGCUUGUACGUUAAUUACCAAUUAUUAAUUUAUACGUGAGUGGCAAUAUCUGUGCUUGUACUACCCUGAUGUCAGUUAGUAAAAAAAAUGUCAAUGACCCAUUAACCCGUUUAUCCUUCUAACCAGUCUGCUCUUUGAAGUUAAUAUGAAAACAACGAAAUACCGAAAUACAUUGACUUUAUCCCUAAAAGAGGUCAAACAUAGGAUGUAGGGGUCGCCAGAUGCUAUCGUUUGUUACAUUUCAUUCAUCCCUCUCUUGUGUGAAGACUUCACGGCGACACUAUAGGAAGAGAAUGUAUUCGACAUAUGACAAACUUUGCCUUUGGUAAAUCACGAGAAACAUCAGUCGUGCAAAUUUGAAUAGUCAGUCAGAUUUCCCUCUGCAGGUUUAUACUCAAAUUAGGAUUGUGGUUGAUCAGAGGACAGACAUUUCUCACAGUUCCCUGAUAAGAUUUUUUUUUUUUACUUGCAACUUUGGAGUAAAUUUGUCUCUGGAACCAAUUUACUAGCCAUUAACAUUUGGCAUUAAGCGACGUUGCAGUAAGAUGAAGUGAUGAAAGGUAUGGUGCUGAAAGAUUACCACAUGAGUACAGCAUAACCAUUCCUUCCCCCUAUUAAACAAAAACAAAAACAUAAAUGUGGUUGUGAAUCAGGCUACAGCCAAUCCCACGUCAUGUGUAAAUGUGACUUUUUUCAUACAGGGUAAAGAGUAUGUAAAUGUACAUGUAAAAAAAAAAACCUGUUGAACCAUCCAGUGUUUUACGUAGUCUGGCGUUUUGGAGUACAUAUGUGUGGUACAGGAUCUGCAAAGUUCACUCAUUUACCAUGUGGUGUAUUUUACAGACAAAAAAACAUUCUAGGAUGCAAAUUACCUGAUGAUAGUGCGCCAUCUUGGAAAUGAGUGAACGUUUCAGACACUUGAGUGUGUACAUAUCCACUUGAUUGCACUCCAUGUCACCUGCCUUUGGUGAAAUUCUGGGUAUUUUAUUUUAUAUAUAUAUUUUUGGUCUGCUUAAAUCUGUGCUGUUCUCAUGACUCUGGUUGAUGUUGUGUGUCAGUGGGGGUGUUUCUCUGUCAGUGAAGCUUUCCUUCGUAUAUCUGUGAAUAAAUUUGUCACCCUUUUUUCAUGA